UGACUGAGAAUGAAAGUGAAAGGACCAAAGUGGGAGCUACAGAUUCCGGCGUUAUCACAGACCACAUAAAAAGUUAUACAAUACAUAUUAUUUUCCUGUGGCUCAGUUCAUCAUCAAAGAGACUUGAAAGAGUGUCCUUGAUUUAACAUUGGAAUAGCAGGCGACAGGGUCAUGCAGCUGCGUCUCAUUUCCCUCCUUCUUAUCAUCAACGUGUGUCGACUCGGUACUGUCAGGCGAGACGUGUGCCCACCCCCGUCUCAGUUUAAUCUCACCAAGCCCCUGAACGGUUAUCAAGAAAACGGUUAUCAAGAAAACGUCUCUCUGCGCUACCAGUGUGUGGAUGGCUAUGUGAGGAAGGCGGGGACCUCCAAUCUCAUCAGGUGCAAACUGACUGAUCAGAAGCUUCAGUGGACACGCCCAACACUGAUAUGCAUUCCUGACCCAUCUAUUCCAACUACAAUAGAACAUCCUGUCACAGAGACCCAAGAUGUCAAGACUACGGUUACAGUGACAACCAUCAUCAUCGAUGACAUCACAUCAGUACCAGUGGAUAAGUCCAGUGCGGUGACCUCUGUCUCCACGAAGACUGUUUCUCCAUCAGAGAGUCACUGUGUCUCCAACAGAGCCCCAACUUCCAGUGAGGAUCCAGUUGGCGGUAGAAGCACUGAAAAGAUUUAUGCUACAGUCAUACAUGCAGGUGUAGGCGUUGUGGUGGUAACAAUAUUGCUGGUUGCAGCGAUUGGAGUACUAAUGUUUUGGAGAAAGAAAGGGAUGCAGCGGUUUGAUCUGUCGCCAACACAAUAUGAAAUGGUGCAAAUGAAUGUUGUGACAUGAGCCACACCCCUUAGUGCCCUGACGGACAAACAGCAGCCACUUAGAAAGGACAAAGGUGCAUCAGUCUGAUGGUGGGUGAACAAUGACCUUGGACUGGACAAGACGUGGACCAUGUGUGUGUGUAUGUGAGCAGGGCCGUAACCAGGGUUUGAGUUAUA